CAGUCGUCACCACUUCACGCCCAAAACUACAGACGUGGACUCACACGCCACCACAGUCAAACCGAUCACCCAGAACCUUCCAAAAAAUCUCCCAACUUUUCCAAUCCUAAAACUUCGUUCCCUGAGAUUCCUGGAAUUCUCUCCCAAUUAUUUUCCUUCUCUUUUCUCGGCUUCCGUAGAUGGCGGCGGCGCGCGCUAUUCGCUGCGAGCUGAGGGCUCCAAAAACGGCGACGUAUCGGAGGUCGGAAGCGUCUUCGGAGGUUCCGACGAGGAUUUCGGUGGCCGAAUCGGAGAACGGUAAGAUCAUGUUGCAGCCGAGGAUGUGUACUCUUAGAUCGUACGGCUCCGAUCCGAUCGCGGUGGUGAAGACGCGGAGAGACGGCGGCGAUGGGGCGUUGCCGUUCUUUGAGACUUUGUCGGAGUACAUCGAGAGCUCCAAGAAGAGCCAGGAUUUCGAGAUCAUCUCCGGUAGACUCGCCAUGAUUGUUUUUGCGGCGACAGUGACGACAGAAGUGGUGACGGGAAACUCCUUGUUCAGGAAAAUGGAUUUGCAAGGGAUAGAGGAAGCAGCAGGGGCUUGUUUGGGAGCAGUGACAUUUGCGGCGAUUUUCGCAUGGUUCAGCCGUGCAAGAAACAGAGUUGGUCGGAUAGUUGGUCGGAUGUUCACAUUCACUUGCAACACCUUCAUCGACAGCCUCAUCGAUCAAAUCGUCGAUGGCUUGUUCUACGAAUCCGAACUCACUGACUGGUCCGACGAUAUAUGAUAAUACGGUUUAAUAUAUAUUCAACAUUCAACUGCGCUGCGUUAUAAUAGCAGUUCAUAGCGGUUGUAAAUGUAUUGCAAAAUACGCACAAAAAAAAAAAAAAAUAUAUAUAUAUAUAUAUGUAAGAGGGAGUGGUAUUCUAUCAAAUGUAAAAGUUUAGAAGAAAUAUUUGUCUCAAAUGCUUUGCAAACUAGGUGAAAAGGAAAAUUGGAAGGAACAUGUGGACCGUAGUGGUAUUAUGUCGAAUGUGAAAUUUAGAAGAAUUUGGAUAUAGAAGUGAAUAGUGAUAGAUAUUGUUAUU